GUAAGUGUAGUAAGUGUAGUAGCUGUAGUAUCUGUAGUAGGUGUAGUAGCUGUAGUAAGUGUAGUAAGUGUAGUAGCUGUAGUAAGUGUAGUAAGUGUAGUAUCUGUAGUAGCUGUAGUAAGUGUAGUAAGUGUAGUAGCUGUAGUAAGUGUAGUAAGUGUAGUAUCUGUAGUAAGUGUAGUAAGUGUAGUAUCUGUAGUAAGUGUAGUAAGUGUAGUAGCUGUAGUAAGUGUAGUAAGUGUAGUAGCUGUAGUAGCUGUAGUAAGUGUAGUAAGUGUAGUAGCUGUAGUAAGUGUAGUAAGUGUAGUAUCUGUAGUAAGUGUAGUAAGUGUAGUAGCUGUAGUAUCUGUAGUAGGUGUAGUAGCUGUAGUAAGUGUAGUAAGUGUAGUAGCUGUAGUAUCUGUAGUAGGUGUAGUAGCUGUAGUAAGUGUAGUAAGUGUAGUAGCUGUAGUAAGUGUAGUAAGUGUAGUAUCUGUAGUAGCUGUAGUAAGUGUAGUAAGUGUAGUAGCUGUAGUAAGUGUAGUAAGUGUAGUAAGUGUAGUAGCUGUAGUAAGUGUAGUAAGUGUAGUAUCUGUAGUAAGUGUAGUAAGUGUAGUAGCUGUAGUAAGUGUAGUAAGUGUAGUAGCUGUAGUAAGUGUAGUAAGUGUAGUAGGUGUAGUAGCUGUAGUAAGUGUAGUAUCUGUAGUAGCUGUAGUAAGUGUAGUAAGUGUAGUAUCUGUAGUAAGUGUAGUAAGUGUAGUAAGUGUAGUAGCUGUAGUAAGUGUAGUAAGUGUAGUAUCUGUAGUAAGUGUAGUAAGUGUAGUAAGUGUAGUAGCUGUAGUAAGUGUAGUAAGUGUAGUAUCUGUACUAAGUGUAGUAAGUGUAGUAGGUGUAGUAUCUGUAGUAGGUGUAGUAGGUGUAGUAAGUGUAGUAUCUGUAGUAGCUGUAGUAAGUGUAGUAAGUGUAGUAUCUGUAGUAAGUGUAGUAUCUGUAGUAAGUGUAGUAAGUGUAGUAUCUGUAGUAAGUGUAGUAAGUGUAGUAUCUGUAGUAAGUGUAGUAACUGUAGUAAGUGUAGUAGCUGUAGUAAGUGUAGUAAGUGUAGUAUCUGUAGUAAGUGUAGUAACUGUAGUAAGUGUAGUAGCUGUAGUAAGUGUAGUAAGUGUAGUAUCUGUAGUAAGUGUAGUAAGUGUAGUAAGUGUAGUAUCUGUAGUAAGUGUAGUAAGUGUAGUAGGUGUAGUAAGUGUAAUAGCUGUAGUACCUGUAGUAAGUGUCAGUGGCGAAUCCAGAUCGUGAGAUAAAGGGGGGGCACUCAUCCAGACCCCGAGAUUAGGGGAGGGGGCAGUCUUCAAAAAAAUUUUUUUCGGCCCUUCGGGCCUCAUUUUCGUCGAAAAAUAAGGGGGGCAGGCCCCUGGGCCCUUCCUACUGAAUGUAGUAGCUAUAGUAAGUAUAGUAUUUAUAGUACUACAGCUCUUACAGCUACUACACUUAUGAUUGAGACUUCCAAAAGUUGUGGAGGAAACCACAACGCUUGCUCCACCUUUUUAUACAUAGGUGAUGGAGUCUCAGCCACAAAAAAGAUUUUUAUGGACGGAAAACGCUUUGGUCAACUGUUCACUUCCGCGUGAAUCAUCUUGGCCAAAAAAGCCCAGGUAUUAAAUAGCUAGUUAACCUCGAACGCUCAGUCUUUACAGGAAAAUCUCACACAUCGGUCUUGGUCUAUAGCUCAGUCAAUACAGCAAGACCUCAGUUUGAGUUGUCCCCCUAAAGACUUCUCUCUCGGUUUAAUAUGUAGUAAGUAUCUAUUUUUUUAGUACUUUUUAUGUCAAACAAGUUACCGCUGAUUGAUAAUAUGCUGUCGCAGCUGUAAUAACAGCUGUUCGUAUGAGCAUCGCGGCCACAAGCGGAAACAUAAAGGAGCAGCGAAAGGUAAAAUCCUAGCCUUGGGAGAGAACGAGAGCCUAGAAUUUGUCAGAACCAUCCCCUAGCAUUUUUCACAACCUUCUGAUUCAGGUGACCAAAUCGAAAGAAUCUGUCAAAUACAAGCUCUUAGCUCUGGAAGUCCUCCUUAAAUUGCUAAAAAUGGACGGACCACUAGGAAAAGUGAUGGGGGUGGAGGAACCGCCCCUUCUCCGAACCUUCCCCCCUCCCCAAAAGAAAAAAACAACAAAAACAAACUGUCUUUAUAGUAUGUAAUCUGUGUUUUUAAUAGUUUGUGGCUAAAUUGGACUAAAAUUUUACACGACUCUUAUUUUUGCCGUUUUUUACACAAAACCUCUCAGUAAUGCAUUAUUUAAACACAAUUAAUUUGCAAAAAGAGGAAUAUUACAUAAUUAAACAGACUCUACAAACUGAUCCUUUGCUGAAACGGAAUUAUUUUAAAAAACUGCUAAAUAAAUCAUUUGUUACAGGAGGGGGCUUUAGCUGAAAGACAUACUCGUUAAGGCCAAAUUGUGCACAGGGCUAAUAAACGCGCAGUGGAGUCCUGCAAGCAUGUCACCUAUAUUUAAAAAAGUGAUGAUUCGGAACCUUUUAUUUACUUGUCUGAGUCCUUUUCAUUGAUACGAAUUGUUUCAAUCAGUUCAAACCUUUGCCAAAAACUAUCAAGACAUACACAAGAAAAUUUCAAGAUGACUUUAGUCAGAUGUCAACCCCUAGUCCACUGUGAAUAAAAGCACAGCUUUUAAAAUUUACAGUGAAAGUCCGAGUAACUGCCAUCGUGCUCGGGCUUGUGUCACGGCGUUUUCACAGAGCAGUCUGUUUUUAAAAACAUUUCGGCUGUUCACACAUCUAAAUUAUAAAAGUCAUAAAAUGUGAAGAAAGCAAAGGAAAUGUAAUUAACAUGAAAAAUGUCAGUACCAUUUUCCGGUCUGUACCUUUUGCUGACUAGUUCGUUAAACGUAUUUGAUGGUCUAGAUUAUAUAAACUGGUCUUUGUAAACGCCGUGACACGAAUAAGAGAUGCUCGCUCUAGGAUCUCACCCUCAUUAUUAUUAUACAAUAUAACCCUAUAUAACGAAACGCCGAUGCUUGCAAAGAACGAUUUUUAAGUCCCUUGGCACUCCCUUAGUUUCUGAGAUACUGUAACCACCUGCAGUAUCAAACUUGAAAAUAUUCGAUAUACGCGUGAAAUAAAUGGAAAAGUUGCUAAAGUUUAUUUAUGGAACGAAAUGCGACAUCUGAUAUAACAUUUUAAAGUUUUAACUAUUAUCACUCCACAUUCAGUGCAGACAUCUGACUUGCUAUCACAUACUCGAAACCUACGUACGUAGAAAUACUUCCUUCUUCCUUGUUUAGUGUGUGGGUACGUGCGUGUUUGAAAGCCUUGGCUAUGGUCAAUCGAAAGAACGCCAGCUGAAUAAAGUGCAAGUUGCAGUUGUUGUAAUACUGUUAAACAAUUGGACGAGUUUUAGAAAAGAUAUUUUCCUUUUUUUUCUUUUUGCAAUUUCUGCUACGAAGAAGAUGUUGAAAAAGACUUGGACCUUGCCACUUUAAGCACCAGAAACUAAUUGACAUUAGUAAAAUCCAACUGCGUUCUGAUUGGUUUAGCUACCACUACGCUAUAUGUUAUAGCCCACUAAAGGCGAAAAGCGCCGGCUUUGAAAACCAAAACAAUGGCGGUUUAUUCGCGUUUCGCUAGCUAAAAUUGUCUUGUCUCAAUAUUUUUGACCUAGUAGUUGGAUUUGACUUAAACAAUUAUUCCUCUCACCCUCAUGGCCCGUGAAUCAAUAGCCCAUUCGGCCUUCUGCCUAAGGGGCUAUUAACUCAGAACCCAUUCGGGCUCGGCGAGGAAUAAUUGUUAAAUAUAUAGCUGAUUCAAUAAAGGUUGCUUUGUGCAUGGCGAUUAAGUUGUUAUGAAUCCCCCUCCAGUCGUGCCUUCUUGGUGUCUUGUUCUUUCGUGACAUAGUUUCUUUUCGUUUUCCUAGACUUCCUCUCUUCUGUAUAAGAAAAACAUCGCGUGAGUGAGCUAUUCGCCCCAAAUUAGCUUUUUUAGAAUUGUUACAUUUUGUUAGUCGAAGUGGUUCGCAAAGUACAGUGAGGGGAAAACUCUUCUUAGAACCCACAGCAGAAGUUCAAUUUUAGAGCAGUGUUAGCGUGGCAAACGACAUCGAAAGUUUAACAUCAGCUGGACAUGAUUGGCAUAAAAGGACUACUUUGUAGAACUGAGUAACAGAUCUACCACAGCAACAGCGUAACAAACCGGCUGCCCUUCCCUUUUCACAUCCUUGCCCCUUCUCCUUCUCCUUCUUCUUUUUUUAAGCAUUGUCUUCCGCCUAUACCCCAAUAGAGCCUGUUCUCAGGCUACCCGAGCAACAGUGAUUCCGAACAAUAGUGGCACAUUUUAAUUUCCAGAAUUCAGAUCACUUAAAGGGUCAUCAUUGCUGACUAUAAAUUUCACACAACUCCGGUACGAAUGUUGACAUUGAAAAGCCAAAGAAGAAAUUUUAACCAUUGGUUUCCGCAAAUGAUUUGAUGUCAUAGAGGACAUAAACCCUCUAGAGCCUCUAUUUCCGAAAUAAAGUUUUAGUUCCAUUUAGCACACCAACAAACAAAACAUGUUUCAUGAAACUGGGUACAAUCAGGGCAGAAAACUUAAGGAGUCACCUUUACAUGAUAUUCCAUUCUCAUGGGGCAUAAGUUUUGCUAUGGUUAAAAUUCAUGUAACAGGUAAUAGGUUACUCUCACCUAAUUUAUCUUCCACAGUUUUGUCCAGAUGUUUGUAUUUACGUCUUACGGUUGGUCCAAAUGACACCUAUCAGAACGAAAGAAAGUGAAAAACCAAGUAAGAAGUAUGACAGGCCUCUUACUCGGUUUACUUAUAGAUGUUUCCGGUGCAUAUAAUGGUGUUGGUGGUAAAUUCUUUGCCGCUGUUACUCUCCCUAUUUAUCCUCUUCUGAAAAGUAUUGUGUGAAGUGAAUAUGUGUUUAAUUCAGUUUAUUAAGCACUGGGAACACUUACCUCUCUAUCUUCAAUCUCUCCAGAGCUUCCUUCUUGUCUUCUGUUUUCCUUCUUCUCCUCUGUUUUCCGCCCUUUCAUCUUCAUCGGGAUUCUCUCUGCUCUCUUUACCGCUUUAUUCCUGCCUUCUUUUAUCGGCCCUGUCAUCUUCCUCGGAAGCUCUUCCUUUCUACCAACAGCUGUCUUCUUCUCCUCUGUUUUCCCCCCUUUCUUCUUCUCUGGCUUUCUCUCUACUCUCAUCACAGCUUCCUCGCCGCCCUCUUUUCUCGGCCCUUUCAUCUUCCUCGAAAGCUCCUCAGUUCUUUCCACAGCUUCCUUUUUCUCUUCUGUUUUCCGCCCCUUCAUCCUCCCCGGAAGCGUCUCCACUCUCGCUAGAGUUUCCUUGAAGCCCUCCUUUCUCGUCCCUUUCAUCUUCCUCGGAAGCUUUUCAGAAAAGUGAUCCGAAAUUCGUCGCGUGUGUUGACGGGAGAAGAAGAUCUAGGUGCCCUUGUCUGAAGGCAAACCAAGGAUGCAAUAUAGCUUGUGCGUGCAAGAAUUGUGGAAACCCUAGUGGAGAGAAUAAAAAAAGUGUAAUUAGUCCCGUAAAGAGGAAAAGGAAAAGGGAAAGUGCAUCCCCUUAUAAGAGAGUUCGCAGCGCUGAUUAUCUAACAUCCGUUAAUGUUGAGCCCAAUCAGAAGUUGUGGACUGUCUAUGAGCAAUGCCUUCUCAUGACAGUUGCAUCAUUUUUGGCAUCUACAUUGGUCUCUCCGUCACUUGAUAACGUCGUACAUCUAUUCAACCACAUUGCAAAUUCCAGUAUCUGUAAAGAAUCAAAGUUUCCAAUCAGAGCAAAGAAUAAUCUACAGAUUGCCGGGAAACUACGACAACUGGAAAAAAAGAAGAACGUACUCAAAUAACAGAUUAGCAAACAAUAGAUUUUUAAACGUUGUGUUAAAGACCCGAGGAAAAAAACUAAACAAACGUUCUUUCACAAAGCAUUGGGCUAUAAAAUUACUUAGCAUACGAGUAUCUAACUCUUCAGUUUUCUGCAAAGAAGGGAAGUUAUGCGCAUUAAAUUACGUUUUGUUGAUUCAGUUAAUUGUUGAGUGUUUUGAAACUUGGAAACGAUUGUAUAGAAAAUCAAAAAGAAUUCAUCUUAUUAUUGAUGCCAUCAGGUGUUCUUGAUAUUGUUGACGUUUUCCUGGAAAUAGUUAUGGAAAUAUAAUUUCUUACUUACACGUGCACGUGUUAGAGUCAAUAUUUCAUUUCUAUACAACUUCACACCGAAGAACAUAGAAUAAACUGAAUAAAUAUAACUUGUGAUCAUCCAUGGAAAGCAGCUUGUUAUUUUCCUUUAUAUACGUUCUUAUUCGUUUAGUUCUCCACGGCUUAGCCAAUACUUCUCUUGGCGUUUAGAGACCGGUUUUAAGGAGGCAUGUUUAUUGAUUAUUUUUUUUCCUCUAUUGUAAAACAAGGCAAACAAAUUGUCAGUGUGUAGUGUAGUAGGUGUAAAAGCUGUACUACUGCACAUACUAAACUUACUACAGCUACUACACUAAGUGGCGGAUCCAGGGAAGGGACCCGGGGGCCUGCCCUCCCUUAUUUUUCGACCAAAAUGAGUGCCAAAGGGCCGAAAAAAAAUUUUUCGGAGACUGCUCCCCCUAACCUCAGGGUCUAGAUGACCGCCCCCCCAUAUCUGAAGGUCUAGAUUCGCCACUGACACUUACUACACUUAAUACAGCUACUACAGAUACUACACUUACUACAGCUACUACACUUACUACACUUACUACAGAUACUACACUUACUACAGCUACUACAGAUACUACACUUACUACAGCUACUACACUUACUACACUUACUACAGAUACUACACUUACUACACUUACUACAGCUACUACAGUUACUACACUUACUACAGCUACUACACUUACUACACUUACUACAGAUACUACACUUACUACACUUACUACAGCUACUACACUUACUACACUUACUACAGAUACUACACUUACUACACUUACUACAGCUACUACACUUACUACAGCUACUACACUUACUACACUUACUACAGCUACUACACUUACUACACUUACUACACCUACUACAGAUACUACACUUAAAACACUUACUACACCUACUACAGAUACUACAGCUACUACACUUACUACAGAUACUACACUUACUACACUUACUACACUUACUACAGAUACUACACUUACUACACUUACUACAGCUACUACACUUACUACAUUUACUACACUUACUACACGUACGACAGCUACUACACUUACUACAGCUACUACAGCUACUACACCUACUACACUUACUACACUUACUACAGAUACUACACUUACUACAGCUACUACAGCUACUACACCUACUACACUUACUACAGCUACUACACUUACUACAGAUACUACAGCUACUACACUUACUACACUUACUACUACAGAUACUACACUUACUACACCACUUACUACAGAUACUACACUUACUACACUUACUACAGAUACUACACUUACUACACCUUACUACAGAUACUCACCUCUACUACAUCUCACAGCUUACAUGUACAGAUACUACACCCCAUGUACAGAUACUACAGCUACUACACCUCAAUUUACUACAGCUACUAACUUACUACACUUACUACAGAUACUACACUACUACAUUGGGCCACAGCUACAGAUAAUACACCUCUACUACAGCUACACAGCCACCAAGGUAUACUACACCCUACUAAAGCUACUACAGCUGCUACACUUACUACAAUUUUACUACAGCUACUACACUACUACUACACUUACUACAGAUACUACACUUACUACAUUACUACAGCUACUACACUUACUACACUUACUACAGCUACUACACUUACUACAGAUACUACACUUACUACAUUACUACAGCUACUACAGAUACUACACUUACUACAGCCACAACAGCUACUACAGACCACUGCUGCACUUACUACAGCCACUACAGAUACCACACACUACUACACCCUUACUACAGCUACUACACUUACUACACUUACUACAGAUACUACACUCACUACACUUACUACACUUACUACAGAUACUACACUUACUACAGCUACUACAGCUACUACACUUACUACAGAUACUACACUUACUACACUUACUACAGCUACUACAGAUACUACACUUACUACACUUACUACAGAUACUACACUUACUACACUUACUACAGCUACUACAGAUACUACACUUACUACAGCUACUACACUUACUACACUUACUACAGAUACUACACUUACUACAGCUACUACAGAUACUACACUUACUACAGAUACUACAGCUACUACACUUACUACACUUACUACAGCUACUACACUUACUACACUUACUACAGCUACUACACUUACUACAGUUACUACAGCUACUACACUUACUACACUUACUACAGCUACUACAUCUACUACAGAUACUACAGCUACUACACUUACUACACUUACUACAGAUACUACACUUACUACACUUACUACACAUACUACACUUACUACACUUACUACAGAUACUACACUUACUACAGCUACUACAUGUACAGAUACUACACUUACUACAGCUACUACAGCUACUACACUUACUACACUUACUACAGCUACUACACUUACUACACUUACUACAGAUACUACACUUACUACAUUACUACAGCUACUACAGAUACUACACUUACUACAGCUACUACAGCUACUACAGAUACUACACUUACUAAAGCUACUACAGCUACUACACUUACUACACUUACUACAGCUACUACACUUACUACACUUACUACAGAUACUACACUUACUACAUUACUACAGCUACUACAGAUACUACACUUACUACAGCUACUACAGCUACUACACUUACUGCACUUACUACAGCUACUACAGAUACUACACUUACUACACUUACUACAGCUACUACACUUACUACACUUACUACAGAUACUACACUCACUACACUUACUACAGCUACUACAGCUACUACACUUACUACAGAUACUACACUUACUACACUUACUACAGCUACUACAGAUACUACACUUACUACACUGA